AUGAAGCUGCUGCUUGUUUGUCUCCUCUUGGCUGCAGUCACGACACUGACCAAAGGUAGAAGAGCCUUAUGUAAUCCAGGAACAUGGUGUCCUUACGGAGGCCGCAGUUACAUAUUUAUAGCUACUCCCAAGUCAUGGGCGUAUGCUCAGAUGUUCUGUCAGUCGCUGGGUGGAACUCUGGCAGUCAUCCACAACAGAAACACAAAUGAUUUCCUGCGGACCCUCUCCUCGAGAAUGGACACAUGGAUUGGAUUCUCCGAUGCACAAUACAACGGGGUUUGGCUCUGGAUUAACAGCGAGCGUGUGGUCUUUAGAAACUGGUGCCGUGGAGAACCCAACAACUCUGGUGGAAACCAGGACUGCGCCAUCAUCAACUUCAAAGGAGAGGACUGCUGGGACGAUGAGGUCUGCAUGGCCAAUCGCCCUUUUGUCUGUGAGAGAGAAAAUGAAUGA